GGUUUAGUUGAUUAUUUGACACCACAACUCUAUUGGCAAAUUGAUCCACCAGCACAAUCUUAUCCUGCUUUACUUAAUUGGUGGGUAGAACAAUCAGUUAAAGGUCGUCAUAUUUAUCCAGGUAAUGCACUUUAUCGAACGGUUCCAAGUGUUUCUGAUUGGUCAUUAAAUGAAAUUAUUCGUCAAAUAUAUAUAACUCGAUCAAUGCGUGAUCGACUUGCACUUGGUAAUGUUUUCUUUUCAUUGAGUCAAAUUAUGCAAAAUGUCAAAGGCAUUCAAAACAUGCUUGCUAUAAUUUAUCAAGAAAAAGCUGUUGUUCCAAAAAUGAAUUGGUUGUAG